UCAUUACAGUACAGUGAUCGGUACCCACAAAGGGUUAUUACUUUUUCAUUUUUCUCCGUGAUAUUUUCUAUCAAUCACAUCCCACCUUGGGCACAACAAAAUAAGAAAACUUCAGCAAAACGAGGGUAAUCAAUCGUCAUCGUACAACCCCUCGUCAAUGGCAACUUCCAAUUUCAGUGUGAGCAUCCAGCUCUUCAUCGACACAAACCGUAAGAAAGUUUUGUUCGCAGAAGCCGGCAAAGACUUCGUCGACCUUCUAUUCGGCCUCCUCUCUCUGAGCGAUGGCGCCGUCAUUAAGUUGCUGUCCGGGCACGGCAUGGUUCGGUGUCUAGAUAAAAUUUACGGCAGCCUCGAAAACUUGAGCCCGAAAUACACUCUCCCGAAUCUCGACAAGAAUAUCUUGCUACUGCACCCUUGUGUGGAGGAAGGGUAUGUGAGGGACUUCACAUACAUGGUCAUGGAUGAUCUGGAAGUAAAGCCUUUGUCUACAGUUUCCAUCCUUGACGUGCUGAUCAAGUCCGGUGUAAAGGAUGUUGGUAAGCUUGAUGUGGUGGUGGUUCACCUUGGCUGGCAAGAGGGUGUGGAAUUGCUGAGAGGGUCGUUGUUAUCGAACACAAAUCUAACCGGUUUGUUCCUUGGUGAAGAGGUUUGACAGUCUCAAGUAGUUUUGGAAGUGAAGCGUCAAUCUGAGAAUCUGAGACUUGUGUGAAUGUGAUGUUUGUUUUUUGUAUUGGUGGCAUCUUGUUUUCCUUUCCAUAUGUGGUUGGAUUUGCAGGUCCUACCGACUAUCCUCCUUGUCAAAUUAAUGGGUAAUGAUGUAUUAAGUAAUUUGAGUUUCA